UUUCGUAAUAUGAACUUGGAUUAUUGUAAUCGAGAAUAUAUUAUGCCUUAUGAGUUUAAAGUUAAAAGAUUAAACAGGACUCAUUCAAGUAUGAUUAUGAAUGGAACGUUCGUGAAAACUAUGGACAACCUAAUGGGCGAAGGGCAAUUAUACCAACUAGUGAGCAAUCGUUACAAAGAACAAUUUCCUCGUAUAAAAUUGGAUUUGUGUGCUAUUCUUGGAUCUUUAAAAAUCACCAACAGUUCCCCAUUUGUUGCCAAAAUUGCGUCCAAAUUUAUGUUGCCACUGGUUGCCAAAUUUCGUGAAAAAGGCCAAAAGUUUCCAGAAAGGUGUCCAAUACGAACGGAUAAUUACCAUCUGAAUUACCGUCACGAUGAUGAUUUUUUGCCUGCGUUUUUUCUGCCAGAAGGCACUUGGAAAAUUGUCGCCAAUAUGACUAUGCCCAAGUUGAUGAUUGCUAGAGUGAAUUUUGUUUUUGAUAUUGUCACUUAUUCUUCUGAAAAACAGAAAAAUAAAUUGGGUUGA